AUGAAAUCGGCUGCUAAAACUGCGUCUAUGAUAGUAACAAUGUUUACUCAACAGAAGUAGUAUAAUGAUCUAAUGUUUAGUUAAGAAAUGUAACUUAUUUAAGCAAGAAAAGAAUUUGAUUAACUGACAAAAGAAAUAGCAGAUCGGAGAAAGAAGCUGUUCUCGUAAAUUGAUAAAGGUUAAAGUAAAGAAAAAGAAAAGGUUGAUGCAAAUAAAGCAGAAAAAUUCAAAAAUAUGGUAUUAAAAGAAAAAUUUAAUUUAGGAUGAACACAGAAUACCAUUAGAAGAAUUAGAGUAGAGGUUUUAAACAAGUUCAAAAGAUGGAUUGAAUAAAGAUGUUGCUGCUUAAAGGUUAGUAGAAGUUGGAAAAAAUGAAUUAACCUAAAGAGAGAAAGUACCUUGGUAUGUAAAGUUGUUACAUGAAUUAACUUCUAUGUUUGCUCUACUUUUAUGGGUUGGAUCCAUAUUAUGUUUUAUUGCUUAUGGAUUAGCUCCAGCAGAUCCUUCAAAUGUAUCUAUAUUAAUUAUAUUGUAGUUAUAUUUGGGAAUAGUGAUAGCUGUAGUAAAUACAUUAACAGGUGUUAUAACAUUUUUUUAAAAUGCAAAAUCAGAAGCUAUAAUGGAUUCUUUUAAGAAUUUCAUACCACCUGAAACAUUAGUGAUAAGAGAUGGAUAAUAAUAAAAGUUACCUGCUUUAAAUUUGGUGCCAGGAGAUGUAGUAGUAAUUGAAAAUGGAAAAAGAAUUCCAGCAGAUGUUCGGAUAUUGGAAAGUAAUGAAAUGAAAGUAGAUAAUUCAAGUUUAACUGGAGAGUCAUUAUUAUUAAUGAGAAGUCCUGAAUGUACAAAUCCUUCAAAUCCUUUGGAAACAAAGAAUUUAGCUUUUUUUGGGACUUUAUGUAAAGAGGUAUAUAAUAUAUCUUAUAUUAAAUAGGGAAAUGGAAAAGGUUUGGUUAUUUUUACAGGUGAUAAUACUGUCAUUGGAUAAAUAGCAGGCUUGGUAGAUAGUUCUGGAGGAGAUGAUUCUACUUUAAGAAAAGAACUUAAUAAUUUUAUUAAGAAUAUAAGUAUAAUUUCAACAACUUUUGGAGUACUCUUUUUUGUUUUAGGCUUUAUUAUUGGAUAUCGUAAUUAUAAAUGAAUUAUAUUAUUAGCUGCUAUUACAAAUAUUGUAUUUGGUAUAGGUAUUAUUGUAGCCAACGUUCCUGAAGGAUUAUUAGCAACUGUUACUGUUGCAUUAACAUUAACAGCCAAAAAAUUAGCCUAUAAGAAAGUUUUAGUCAAAAAUUUAGAAGGAGUUGAAACUCUUGGAUCUACGUAAUAUUAUAUUUUUAGAAUAGAUCAUGUAUUUGUUCUGAUAAAACAGGAACUUUGACAUAAAAUAAAAUGACAGUUGAAAAUUUGUGGUAUAAUAACAAGAAGUAUAAGGGAACCAAUUUUGAGAAGAUGGGUCCUAAAUAUAAAUAUGAAUAUGAUUUAAAUGAAAUAGGAUUCAAAACACUUCAUGAAACUGCCAUUUUAUGUUCAGAGGCUACUUUUGAUAGUUCUCUUCCUUAAGAUUAAAAAAUUAAAAUUUAAAAUGCAAUUGGUUUGAAUUAGUUAUAAAAAGAUCAAAGAUUAAAAGAAGCAACUGAAAAAUGGGAAUUAAAUUUUAAUAAAAUGCUCUGUUAAGAAAAACCUACAAUUGGAGAUGCAUCAGAAACAGCUCUAAUUAAGUUUUUCUAACCAAUAAGUGAUAUAAUAAAAACUAGAAAAAGUAGAGAACCAGCAAAGGAUUCAGAAAAUAAAUAGGCUAGAAUGCCUUUUAAUUCCAAUAAUAAAUAUGCAUUUAUAAUAGUUGAAUAUGAAACUUAAGAUUCUCAUUAUUGUUUAUUGACAAAAGGGGCUCCAGAGAGAAUAUGGAAAUUAUGUGAUAAGAUUUAUAAAGAUGGAAAUAUUGAAACAAAAGAUGAGAAAUGGGAAUAAUCAUUUAAUUAAAUCAAUGAAUCUUUUGGAAGACAAGGAGAAAGAGUAUUAGGAUUUGCAAAAUUGCAUUUACCUAAAGAUUAAUAUCCAAUUGGUUAUCAAUUUAAUUUAGAUAAGAUGAAUUUCCCUUUUAAUAAUUAAGUAUUUGUUGGUUUGAUAUCAUUAAUUGACCCACCUAAAGAUAAUGUACCAUAUGCUGUAAUUAAAUGUAAAACAGCAGGGAUUUAAGUUAUAAUGGUAACUGGAGAUCAGCCAGUCACAGCUACAGCUAUAGCUAGAUAAUGUAAUAUAAUUACAGAGAAGACAGUUGAUGAAAUCAUGAUUGAAAAAAAUAUAUCAUUUGAAGAAGCUUUUCAUUAAUCAAAUGCUUUAGUGAUUCAUGGUGACAAAUUGACUAAAAUGGCUAUUGAUGAUGAAGGUUUACCUGAAGAUGAAAAAGGUAGACAAUUAUAAGAAUGGCUGAGUAAACCUUAAUUAGUAUUUGCAAGAACAAGUCCUGCUUAAAAAUUAAUUAUUGUUGAUGGAUGUUAAAAGAGAGGUCAUGUUGUAGCUGUUACAGGAGAUGGAGUCAAUGAUAGUCCUGCAAUCAAAAAAGCAGAUAUUGGAAUUUCUAUGGGAAUUACAGGAUCAGAUGUUGCUAAAGAUGCUGCAGAUAUGAUAAAGUUGAAAUUAUUAACAUUUCAUUAUAGUAUUUAAUAUUUUACUGUAUUAAAUAUUUUUUAUUUUAUUGUAAAUUUUUUAAUUCUUAUUUUUUAGAUUGA